GCGCAUCGCACGCGCUUAUACACCCAGAGACACUCCGAUUGUGAGAAGAACACGAGCUUUGGGACCAAAACAACGACCGAACGGUAUUAAUGAUGCAUCCCAUUACUGAGAUCUGACUGGAAUAAGCACAUUUCACCAACUUCUUCAUGUGCGUUUCAACUUUGUUUUCCUCCUGAUCUCGAGAUAUUUAGAGGAAGGCAGAAAAAUCCUCACUCUUUAGAAUAAGACGUUGCCCUGGCGACAGCUCAUCCUUAUCACGACUCUCACAAAUAUGCACCUCUGUGAUUCAGUGGGAGGUUGAUGAUCUCUAGGGACAUAGCUCUGAAGAUUUCUGCUUCUUGUGACUCUUUCAGAUGCCCUGAGGAACUACUCGUAUUCCACACUCUGAUCCGAGAGGGCCGAGGAAAUGGGGAUUUUACAUUUGCUGUUGUUUGUGCUGAUCGGAGACAGAUUGGGUCCCACGCGGCCGGAUAAUUUAGCCAAGGCCCAGGCCAGCGAGCGACGCGUCUUGGCCCACAUCCCCGGCGACAUCAUCAUCGGGGCGCUCUUCUCCGUCCACCACCAGCCGCCAGCCGACAAGGUCCACGAGCGCAAGUGCGGUGCCGUACGGGAGCAGUACGGCAUCCAGCGGGUGGAGGCCAUGAUGCACACCCUGGACCGCAUCAACGCGGACCCACACAUCCUACCCAACAUCACGCUGGGCUGCGAGAUCAGAGACUCCUGCUGGCAUUCGGCCGUGGCUCUGGAGCAGAGCAUAGAGUUCAUCCGUGACACCCUGGUCUCGGCCGAGGAGGAGGAGGGCAUGACCAAGUGUUUGACUGAAGAUGGAGGGACUCCCAUGAAAGGGAAGAAGCCCAUCGUGGGGCUGAUCGGGCCUGGGUCCAGUUCUGUGGCCAUCCAGGUUCAGAAUCUCCUUCAGCUGUUCAACAUUCCCCAGAUUGCGUAUUCGGCUACCAGUAUGGAUCUCAGCGAUAAGUCUUUGUACAAGUACUUCAUGAGGGUGGUGCCCUCCGACGCCCAGCAAGCCAGAGCGAUGGUGGACAUCGUCAAACGUUACAACUGGACCUACGUAUCUGCCAUUCACACUGAAGGGAACUAUGGUGAGAGUGGAAUGGAGGCCUUCAAAGACAUGGCAGCAAAGGAGGGCAUCUGUAUCGCCCACUCUGACAAGAUCUACAGCAAUGCUGGAGAACAGAGUUUUGACCGUCUUCUCGAUAAGCUCAGAAGCCACCUGCCCAAAGCUCGUGUGGUGGCGUGCUUCUGCGAGGGCAUGACCGUGCGUGGCAUCCUCAUGGCCAUGAGACGCCGCCGCCUAGUUGGAGAGUUCCUGUUGGUUGGCAGUCAGGUUAUCCGUAAGGGUGAAGUGAGCUGCUGCUGGACCUGCACACCGUGUAAAGAAAACGAGUUUGUGUUUGACGAAUACACCUGCCGUGCGUGUGAGCUUGGAUCCUGGCCUACAGAUGACCUCACAGGCUGUGAGCCAAUCCCAGUGCAGUUCCUUCUGUGGGGAGAUCCUGAACCCAUCGCCGCCGUGGUCUUCGCCUGCCUUGGCCUGCUCGCCACCAUCUUCGUCACUUUAGUCUUCAUCAGGUUCCACGAUACGCCGGUGGUGAAGUCCUCCAGCAGGGAGCUGUGCUUCAUCAUCCUGGCUGGCAUCUGUUUGGGGUAUCUGUGUACAUUCUGCCUCAUCGCCAAGCCGCACUUGGCCUACUGUUACUUGCAGAGGUUAGGCAUCGGGCUCUCGCCUGCCAUGAGCUACUCAGCCCUGGUCACCAAGACCAACCGCAUCGCUCGCAUCCUUGCGGGCAGCAAGAAGAAGAUCUGCACCAAGAAGCCUCGUUUUAUGAGUGCCUGUGCCCAACUGGUCAUCGCCUUCAUACUGAUCCUGAUUCAGCUGGGCAUCAUCGUGGCGCUCUUCAUCAUGGAACCUCCACAAGUGAUCUACGACUAUCCGUCCAUACGCGAGGUGCACCUAAUCUGCAACACCACCACACUCGGAGUGGUGGCGCCUUUGGGCUACAACGGGCUGCUCAUCCUCAGCUGCACCUUCUACGCCUUUAAGACCCGCAACGUCCCCGCCAAUUUCAACGAGGCCAAAUACAUUGCGUUUACCAUGUACACCACCUGCAUUAUCUGGCUGGCUUUCGUGCCAAUUUAUUUUGGUUCAAACUACAAGAUAAUCACCAUGUGUUUCUCCGUCAGCCUCAGCGCCACUACUGCGCUGUGCUGCAUGUUUGUGCCCAAAGUCUACAUCAUGUUGGCCAAACCUGAGAGGAACGUACGAAGCGCUUUCACUACGUCAACGGUUGUGAGGAUGCACGUGGGUGACGGGAAAGCUGCUUCGGCCGCUAGCCGGUCUAGCAGCUUGGCUAACCUGUUCAGAAGGCGAGGCUCUGGCACAGACACUGUAAGUUCCAAUGGCAAGACGGUGACCUGGGCACAGAACGAGAGAAGUUACAGGCCAAACCUGUGGAAGCGGAUCUCAAUCCACAUUAAGAAAAAGGAAGAGGCCAACCAGAUGGCCAUUAUCAAGCCCUUCUCAAAGGGCUGUGAUCGACCGCCGGACCAGGUGAAGCUGGCAUACGACGGGUCUCAGAAAAACCAGCGCUACCCUGUAACCUACCACCCCCGUACCCCUUCGCCGCUGCCGACCGUGUGUCAGCGACCUCAGCUGCAGAGGUGCGAACUGGAAGAGCGCGAUGAAGAGUGUGCGACAGUGGUGACUAUACCCUCAUACCUGACGGAGCGCUUGCAUCAUGGCGGCCCGCCCCAGACCUCCAUCAUGGAUCAGAUCAGCUGUGUGGUCAGUCGAUUCACUGCGAACAUUAGUGAGCUCAACAGCAUGAUGCUGCCCGGGUCACCGCCGGGAACAGCCGUGAACACCACCGCCCCGGUCCCUAGACCCUGCUCCCCCUCGUUCCGUCUCCACCCGCAAGAACGGCCGCAUCCCACCACCGUCACCACCUACGCAGAUGUGGUGGCCGUAGCAAACACCAACCCUCGUUCCGCGGUCGGCAUCACCGGGGGCAUCAUAGCUGGUGGGAGUAGCAGGGCUUCGCCUGCCAGCCUUUUUGACAGCACCUACGACUCCUCGUGUGCGGUCAGGACCACUGAUUUUGAGGAUCUGGGCGCCUUGACACCACCUUCGCCAUUCAGAGACUCCUCCGUGGACUCGAUCAGCGAGUCUCCCACAUCGCCAGCCUCGGAGCUGCCGCUGUGUGAGCCCUGCUCCCCAAUAUACGACCAGCUGAUGCUUCGGCACUACAGCCAGAGCUCCUCUUCACUCUGAGAGAUUAUUUGAAGCGCAGGAAGGAGACCAAGAGGCAAUUUCUGAGAGCGCGCAUCUGCUUAGAUUGCAAAACCCAGUUGUAAAUGUCAAGGAGUGUAAACUCUUAAUAUAGACGCACUCACUGAGGAGGUUUUAUGGUGCUUGGAAUCCAGCCCGUCCUCAAAAUCCCGAUCUGCGUAGGGAAAGGCACUUCACCAAACUGCUUUUCAGAUAAUUAAGGAUGUACUUGAUAUUCUCUCGUGUUCUGACAAAGUUUAUGGCCCUGCUUGGCAAGAAGUUACGGAUGUUGGUCAGUAGACCGGAAGAUUUAAUGACAUUCCAACGACGUCAAUCCACACAGGUGUGUAAAGUAACAAAACUCCUUCUCCAGGUGAUGUCAUUUUUAUCUCUCCUGUUGCCUGUCAUCAAGAUGUCUGAACGUCUUUCGCGGUUCUUCACAUACGAGGGAAGUGCAAAUGUUUGAAUGUAGGACCAAAUUGAGCCUUUGAGCGCAAAGCAGUUUGUUUAAAUAUUGGUCAUUUUCUUUAUUACCUUAGUUUAGAGGUUGCAUGUUGUGCCACUUUAUAUAACUAAAAUAAUAUCUAUUAUUAUAUUUUUCUUAAUAAAUCAAAUAGAAGGAAUGUAAGGGCAAGUUUAUUUAGAUACCGCAGAAAUCUGACAUUUUAUUCAUUUAUAUAAACAUGUCCCAGACUAUUACUUGAAGAAUUUAAUGAUUAAUCAUUUUAAUUUGAAACAUGGAAUUUGACUUUUUGGGAAAUAUUUACUGUCAAUUUUUACACUAUCCUUCAAAGGUUUGGGGUCAGUAAGGUUUUCAUUUAAUGAAAUUAAUUAUUUUAUUCAGAAAGGAUGCAUUCAAUUGAUC